AUGUUCAAGGCAAUAUUCCCCUUCAUGUUCCUCGGGACCUAUGUUCCAGUCUUGGGAAUCCUGGUAAGAGAGCCCCAAGACAAGACAGCCAGCGAAGCCAGUGCCAAAGUGCUCACGGAAGGCGGUAGCGGAGGUAGCGAUAGCUCCCAUUUGAACUACUUGAGAUACCAAAAUGGCACCAUCGAGAACUUUGGCAGUUGCUCUUCUGCUUGUCAAAAGUGCUUCCUGGAUCAUUUUCAGGCUUGCCUCGCCUAUUGCAGAAAGGGCUGCCAGGAGUAUUGCGAGGAAAAGCUUUCGGAGGAGGAAUGCAAAGAUGAAAAUCCAGAUGAAGAGUGGGUGGCCAAAAUUGGCAGCCUCUUUGACGUCAUGAGCAAUCCAUCUGGGAGAAUGUGUCAGUUCAAUGCCCCUGACGGCUGCCCAGAGCUGGGUGGUGAGCAGGCCAGCACGACGUAUCCCUUGCCCAGUGGGCCCUACCUCACUGAGGGACGACUCGGCUGGGUGCUGAGUUUGGGGCCCCACAUCCUCAAGAUGCGAUUUGCCACACCUCCUGGUCAGAAGCACCUGGAUGUGCAGAUCGAGUUUCGCUUCACAUGCUCCACUUGUGGGGGUUUCGCAACCUUCACAGCCUUUGGACAGGUGGAAUACCUUUGCCAGAAAUAUGAGGCCUUGCAAAAACAGCUGGCCUCGGUGGAGCGAAAUUGCGCUGAGCAAGUGCAACGUCAAGAGUUGUUGCAGAGGGAGCUCAGAAGUCUGCGGGAUGCGCAACCGCAGGACGCUGAGCGCCAUGCCUCCCUGGUGAAGCUCCGCGAGGCGGCGCGCCGCUGCCAGCAGGAGCAGCGCAGUCAGACGGGGCGCCUGGCUGAGGAACAGCUGGCGGGUGCCCGGGCGGAGCAGCGCUGCCAGCAACUGGCCGAGGAAUGUCAGCAGCGGGCGCAGCGCUAUGACCAAAAACUGCAGCGGCUGGCACAACAGGACCGGGAUAUCGCGAUGCAUCGCUUUGAGACCGUGAGCACUUCAAGGAGAUUGGAACAAACACAAGCAGAUGCGCAGGUUGUGCAGGAAGAUUUACGCGUGGAAAGUCAGCGUCAGCUGCUGGCUCAAGGUGAGCUGCAUGAGUUGGAAAAGUCACUGCAGGCGGCGUGCCAUCAGCUGAUGCUCUCAGAUCAGGAGGUGGAGCGUUUGCAGAGGGCGCUGGCCGACAGGAAGCAGGAGGUCAUGGACUGCGACGCCCAGCUGCUGAGCAUUUCAGAGACCUUGGACUUGGUGCAGCAGCAGAAGCAACGGCAGGCACAGAGCCUGGCACGGCUGGAAGAGGACUGUCAGCAGUUGGAUCAGCAAAUGCAGGCAGCGCAGCAGGAUUUGCUACGGGGCCAGGGGCUGAACGAGCAGCAAGCAGCUGAGAUCAAGUCCCAAGCAACCUUGUGUGAUUCCUUGAGAGGCGAUCUUUGCCAACUGGAGAAGCAACGUUCCAUGGCGCAGGCCGAAGCAGAGGCCACCAGCCAAGGCAUCUGCGAAGUGGAGAUGGCCAUCAAGGAUAGCAGGCUUCAUUCCAUCCAGGUCUUUCGAGAGAGGGACGUGCUGAUACAACAGGUCUCAGAACUGAAAGCUGAACAGCAGCAAUUGGACGGCCUAUGCCUGGCUCUGCGCCGUGCUGUGCACGCAGAGGGCCUCAUCAUGGAGGACAUGGAGACGGAAUUGCAGAUGGCCUUUAAGAGGAAGGAAGCAUUGCUUCAGGACAUCGCGGUGAAUAGCCAGACGUCCCUGAAAAUGGAGAAGGACUUGGACCAGCUGCGACCGGAACUGGCUGAAGCCGAUCAGCGAUCGGCCUCCCUGGAGACGAGUUUAGUCCAAAAGUCCAAGCAGUUGGAGGACGAGUUACUCCGGGAACGCUCCCUUCGCCAAGACUUAGCACGCUCGACGGCGUUGUGGCAGCCCAUCGAUGUACAUUUAGCCAUCCGCAAAGAUCAAGGUGUGAUUGCUGCAGGACAUUUGGGUGCUGCCUUCGCACGACUCAUGUUGUGUCCUUCACAGAUUUGCACUCAGCCGGGCCUGCUGACCCUCGAGUUGCAACCACUUUAUCCCGGUGGCCCAGGGGUUUCAGAGCUGCUCGACUUGGAGACCAAUUUGGUGAGGUCGGGCUUCUAUGGCCCUGCAAUGCACGAAGUGCCAGCUGGUCUACGGCUAGCGGUGGACAAAGCAGGAGGUCCUGCCUUGAUCUUAGACGGCAGGCCCGAAGAUCUCACCGCAGCUGGCCGCGCCAAACGGCAGCUCUGCCUGGAGCUGGCGCCAGAGGACGCGCUGACGGAUCUGACGCUGGAGCUGCAGGCCCUCACUGGCUCUCGCCGUUUCUUGCGCUCGAUGCUCUUGGCUGCUUUGGGGCCCUUGGGGGACACUGCCGUCAUGGCUUUCCAUAUUCACUUUGGGCCCAGGUGCUCCUUAGCCUUGCUGUGCAGUUUCGAGGCGCAGCGCCAUGCGCUGCAACUGCGGCAGGCCCGACAGCCGGAAAUGCCAAUCGCUGCAAAGCCUGCAGAGAGCGUCCCCUUGGAGGACCCGUGGCGCUCGUCGCAGCAACGCCGGGUGUCACAGGCCUUACAGCGGCUGCGGCCCGAGCCCGGCGGAACGCCGCGGCGCGAACGGCGGGCGAAAGGUGGCACUGUGACGACGGGAUGGAGGAGGGCGGUGGCAGGCCCAACCCUGGGACCAAGCAUCCAGGAUCGCACUGGGAGUACAGCUGCCAUCUCCAAGUUUCAGGAGAUUUCAGAUGAACAGCUCCACCCGGGAGUUGUGACGUACAACUCCUUGCUUAGUGCUUUGGACAAGGCGUCGCAAACGUGCAUGGCUAUGGACCUCCUACAGCAAUUGGAAGCAUCUCUGCAGCAACCGGACAUUGUUAGUUUUUGCAGCGUGGCCUCUGCAUGUAGCCGAGGCACACAAUGGCGCCGUUCCCUUGAGACGCUGUUCAUAGCUCGACAGCUGGGAUUGGAGCCUAAUACCUUUACAGGGAAUGCUGCAGUGGCCGCCCUUGAGCGCGGACUUCAGUGGCAAGGCGCUCUUUUUGCGCUGCAGGCACGUGAGCAUGGCCCAUGCCCUGAUCGAAUCACCUACAACACAGUCAUCACAGCUCUCGGGCGCCAGAGCCUAUGGCAAGAAGCCAUCGCCAUGCUAAAGGAGCUGAGUGAAGAGCUGCUGGAGCCCAAUGCCGUGAGUUUCAACGCAGCGGAAUUCAAAAUCAGACCCUGGCCGGUGAGGAUCGGUGCCACGACUUUGGCCGCCUAUCCGCGGCUCCCAGGCUGUUCCUCAGGCAUCAGCGCCUGUGCUCGCGCGGGCUGCUGGCUCCGGGCCUUACACAGCUUCCAAGGCAUGUGCCUCUUGGACGAAGCCGAAGCGGGUCGGCACGGUCCUGCACCAGAUGUCGCCGCCUGCGGUGCGCUGCUGGAUGCGUUUGAUGAAGCCGGACAAUGGCAGUGGUCCCUGUGGCUUUUGGAUCAAAUGUUGGAGCAGAAGUUGCUCCGACCAGACUUGGCGGCCAUAACCUCUGUCAUCAACGCCUGUGGAAUGCAGAUCCAGUGGGAGAGGGCGCUUCACUGGCUGCGCGCCACAUCGACGACUUCGCUCAGUCCAAGUGCUGCAACCUACAACGCGGUGGCGGGUGCGUGUGACCGCGGCUUGCAGCCAGAAUUGACCUUGGAAAUUGUGAGAGAGCUGAGGGAGAAGCACUUGCAGCUGGACCACAUCAGCUACCUGGCUGCGAUCAGCGCCUGCGGCAAAGCCCAGCGUUGGACCGACGCCUUGCUGAACUUCCAGCAGCUGCAGCGGUCCAUGGCCGUGCCUCAGAAUGUGAUGAACAGCGCGGUCAGCGCUUGUGAGAAGGGUUCCUCCUGGCUUUCAGCCACAGGCCUUCUUCACCUGGAGGAGCAGCUGAUGCUUCCGCGCAACGUGGUGUCCAUCAGCGCAGUGAUCACCUCUUUGGCCACGAGGCAUUUGUGGCUGCCAUCCAUGCACUUGCUGCAGCAGAUGAGUUCCACUCAGCUUCGCUUGGACCAGGUGGCCUUACACAGCUUCCUGGAUGCUACAGAGGCCACGGCGCAGUGGCAAGUGGCCUGCAGCCUGCUGAUGGAACUGCCAUGGUGGAGGCUGCAGAUCGGUUGUAUCGGCCUCUCUGCUAUGGCUGGAAGCUGUGACCAGGCCGGGAGGCCUGUGCCAGGACUCUUGCACCAGCUGGAAGACAAGUUCAUCAAGGAGAUCCCAGACCAGAGCCUCGAGGCCUCGGGGCCCAGCACUUUAUCGCAUUUUUUCGAGGCAGAGGAGCUGCUGCGCAGCAGUGAAAAGAUCACCUUUGUGGGCCAGCUGCUGCUGGGGGCCAUCUACCGCCCCGCCUUGGCUCGUUUGGCGGCCCUGACGCGCGUGCGCACGCGGGGGGGGCAGCUCUGGGAGCCCCUGCUGGAGCGGCAGUUUAGCCUAGGAGCCACCUUCACUGGCUGUGUCUUGCAGCAGCUGGGCCUCAAUGCCCUUGGCACCUGGAGCCCCUUGGCACGGCUGCUGCCACGUCGGCAGCUCCGUGGAGAGAUCAGCCAGGCGCCCACUGCCGAGUCACUCCCCGGUUUCCUCGCUACAGCUGUGGGCAUCGGGGCCACUGCGCGUUGCCGCAGCGUGGGCUACGGCGCAGCGCCACAACCCCAACUGGCAGGGCGGCUGCGGCCCAUCUUUGUGCAACAUGAUCGUUCCAGGCACGCUGAGCGAUUGGCGCUGCUCACUUUGAUCCAGCAGUUUGCCCUGGUUUUGGGGGAGAUGAAUUGA